CCUUCUGGAACAGCAGCAGACAGUGUGAAGAUCUCUGUGGGUAUUAUAGAGGUUUGGAAAUAAUAUUGAGGGAGGAAGGAAGAUAGAAACAGAGAUGAUGAGCAGAUCCGGCAGAACAAAGGAAAAAGUCUCACUCCAUCACAAAUGCAAGUCGGGGGGAAGUUGCUAGGUGAUGGAUGAGGAAAGAGAGCGCCUUAACCCGCAGCCUCUCUGACCAUCCACUUGGCAAAGACCCGCAGGCCAUGAGGACCGGUCAACGGCAGUGAGAGGACGUGAGAGAGUAAAUCCUUGAACCCCGCAGUCUUAUUUCCUGCUCUGACGUCCCUGCAAACCAGCCCAAAGGGGUAACCGUAAGCGGAUGCCUGUAUGGCUGCCUUGCUGAUGCCACGCAGGAACAAAGGUAUGAGGACUCGACUGGGGUGCCUGUCACACAAAUCCGACUCUUGUAGCGACUUCACGGCCAUUCUUCCCGACAAACCCAACCGUGCUCUCAAGAGACUCUCCACAGAAGAAGCGACGAGGUGGGCAGAUUCCUUCGACGUGCUCCUCUCUCAUAAGUAUGGGGUGGCGGCUUUCCGUGCCUUCUUGAAGACGGAGUUCAGCGAGGAGAACCUGGAGUUCUGGCUGGCCUGCGAGGAGUUCAAGAAGACCAGGUCGACUGCAAAGCUGGUCUCCAAGGCCCACAGGAUCUUUGAGGAGUUCGUGGAUGUGCAGGCUCCACGGGAGGUGAAUAUCGAUUUCCAGACCCGAGAAGCGACGAGGAAGAACAUGCAGGAACCAUCCCUGACUUGUUUUGACCAAGCACAGGGCAAAGUACACAGCCUCAUGGAGAAAGACUCUUAUCCCAGGUUCCUGAGGUCCAAAAUGUACUUAGAUCUGCUGUCCCAAAGCCAGAGAAGGCUCAGUUAGACCUCAGAUGGGGACUCUUGGGAGUCAUUGGCUUUCCCUUCCCCUUGCUGCCAAGACCAUAUUCUAAUGUGAAACACCCUAAGUGUUCAAAGGCGCUGGGGCUUGAGGUGGGAGGCUGGGGGUGACCAGGGAAUGAAGGGCUGUUCCAAAGUAUGACCCAGCUUCUGGAGCUGGGACGCUCUUCCAUUUACCCAGAUUUAUGUUUUGGUUAGAGGUAGCAGCGCUGCUGACAUCCAUCUCUGGGUGGGCCAGUACCUGGCCCUUCAAGAUACGCCUUCUUCCGUCAUCUCCACUGAGAAGGCAGAUUCACUGUGCUGGGCUAUUUGUAAAUAAUGCAAACGCAGUUCCCAUCACCUCCACACCAUGCCCUCUCCAGCAGGAUUCCUGAUCUACACCCGGUCCUCUACCCAAGGGAGGAGUAGCUAGAAGACUCAGGUUUUCACCUGGGAUUCGCGGUCACGAACCGGUAGUCCAACCUGAGUAACUGGACCUCACGGUUUAGAAGAGAGGUCUCUUGGAAUUUCAGAUUCCUAGCACCAUUGACAGGUGACCUCUGACAAAGGACAUAUUCCUUGGAGUUGACUGAGUCUUCCAUCUCCACAGGACCACUAUGGGAGGAGUCUGGGGUCCCUGCUUAGCCUAAGGAAUUCAAUGAACUUCCUACACUUGCAGCUCUAGAGAAGGUCUUGGGAGACUCCCCCCAUGACUUCUGAGUGGAGCUGUCCUUUUGAAAGAGAGACCUCGGGAAUCUUCCCCAAUUUAUCGAGAACUUUUCUAGACGUGGAGUGACCAGGGAAUGUAGCAUCGGCGAACUUCUGUGCAAUGAGCCUCUGUAGAACCUGUCUGUUGCCUAAUGCAUUCUGUGCCCUCACCUCCCCAUGGCGUCACACGUCCCUGAUCUCUAGGACAAUAGGCAGUUUGGCGAAGGGAGGUGAAUUCCCACAGCAUGACAGCUUUCCUAGUGCUCUCCUGCCAUGCCACCCCCUCCUUCCAUGCAGGUCAUGUGACCACGAUGGGGGAGAAUGGGAUCCUAGGCUGACAUUCCCCUUGCAGCUGGUUUCCUAAGCACACUUCCUUAGAAAGGGUCCACUCUUGGCUAUUGAGAAGUAGCUGCCUUCUUGGUCUCUGGCUUCUGGGACUAAACACGAACUGGGAAGAUCACUGUGAAUACCAGGCUGUGGAAAUGUUCCUACAAGGCUUGUGUGGUACCCUGGGGUAUCUUGGAAAUGUACCUGGAUACACUUUCUUGGAAGAGCCAGGAGCAGCAUGGAAUCUCUGCGGUUAUCCAGGAGAAAUCGAACCAGGAAACAGAAGACGAACCUGGAAGCUGCUGGUCUCUGGGUGGACUGGAUCACAGAAAAUGUGGCAGAGGCACUACUUGGGAUAAUCCACAGCUAGUCAACAUGGGUUCACGGAAGAACCACAAACUUUUCAGCUUGAGCGAUUGAAAUAAUCCAUAGCCAGGCUGCCCUGGAUAGCAGGUGGAGGAAGGCUGGGCUGACACUCUGCUUUUAUGGGAGCCUAGCCCUUCUGGGAUAUUCUAGGGUUUGAAUUCUGGUCUUGGAGAAUCAGUUCCUUCCUUGGUUGUAGUGGACAAGGCUAAGAAGGCCCUUGAGUCCCAUCGUGUUAGUGCCAACUGCCCUCCGAGUGGCACAGUGUCAUCUGUGAAUGGGUGUUGGUGUCUGUGUGUGAACCUCAAGGAGAGAUUAAAAAACACCUGUUUCCUAGGCCCCACACUGAAGAGACCCAUGGCAGUCACAGUAAGAACUCUGAAGCUUCAGAUGGCGUUCCUAGUUAGGUCAGAUAGAUUUCCCCACCCUGAUAUACAAAUAUCUUAGCUAAAGCUGCCAGAGUUAAUGUAAUGAUUAAAUUCUCUAACAGGGUAUUUUAAACAUUGUUUACAUAUGAAAUGUGCAUCUGCUGCCAAUGCUACUGUCCAGUAUGAGGUGCAUAUAAAUUGGACCUGCAGUGAUGGAGAUGUCCUGGGGGAGGGGCUUUCUCGCCACUUGCGCUACCCCAAUGCAAAAAGGCCCCACAUAUACUGUGUGGCACCCUCAUUUGGGGCUAGAGUUCUUGCCAACUAUUGGUGGAAUGAAGGCUGCAGAUGGUGAUGUCACGACACCCCAGUGACGCCUUCCCAUGUGGGAGGUACAAAGGACCAAGUUUGGGUAUCCUGAAUUCUGUAGCUAGACAAGGGCACAUGAGUCUGUGUCUUUGUAGAGGAGUAGAGAUUGUUCUAUUUGUGUGUGUGUGUGUGUGUGUGUGUGUGUGUGUGUACGAGAGAGAGAGAGAGAGAGAGAGAGAGAGAGAGAGAGAAUUGUGAGUCUUGGGUUGUACACUGCAGACAUGAUCUUCCCAUGUGGGCAGCUUUUCACAUGUUCUAGCUCCCCUGCUUCUCACAGAAGGCACUGAGUUUCUCGCUCUGUUACCUCCUCUUAGGCACUUUGGUCAUGCCAGCCCAGAUUUUGGUUUGUGAUGAAACAGAAAUGUUUACAACAUCUAGAGCAAUAUCCGAGCAUACCUCAUCUAUGAACUCCUGUCUCCCAGUCCCCGCCCCUCAUCUCUUCCCCCAUGAGCCUCAUCCACCUCCCCAGGUUGUCAUCACAGAUGCCACUUCAUUUAAUGUCUUCCUUUGCUCCGGUCAUAUAGAAUGUGCUGAUGACUGGCCCCGAACUCAGGCAAGUCCUGGCAGCAGCAGCAGGACACAGUGCUCUCCAUCCCUGAGUGGCGUCCUGGUUCUGCUGAAUUCAUUUAUUUUGGUUCUGGUUUGUGGUUUGCUGUGGCUCUUGUGACUAAGUCGAUCUCAGUCAUUGACAGCUUGGGCACUCUGGAUGGAAUGGGGGUUAAUCUUCUGUAGUAUUUAUUAUUAAACAUGAGCUUGAAUAAUAGGGAUCACCUUGAAAUCCCCUUACAAAUGCUAAUUCCGAGGUUCUACACUCAGAGAUGCUGAUCCUAUAGAUUUAGAGAAGGAACCCAUAAAGCAACAUUUAAAAAGAAAAAAGACUUCUGAGUUUGUAAUGGCCUGUGGGCAUUGGACAAAGAUGACCCAAGAUGGUAGUUCUCAACCUCGCUGCUCACUAGACUUAGAAUAGUUAAAUCAGAGAGGUUUAGUGGGAGCCAGGUGGCGGUAGUUUUUAAAUAUUCCACUAGCAGUUCCAAUGUGCGGAUGUGGUCAGGAAACAGCUACCUAAGGAAUGAAGAGGAGCAGAACUGAAGGGUAAAACACAGCAGUGGGGCAAGGCCUGAAGGCAAAAAGCAAAUGACCGGGACCCCUUGCCUGCUUGGCAGCUGACUCUUGAGGGGGGUUGCUUUGCACCUCUCAGUCUGACUUGUUACUUUGAGGGCAUGUUUGGGUUUACACUACAUGCAUUAGUCGGUAGCAUGUCAUGCACGCCAAGGUGGGGAAUAGGAAGGACGCUGGGCUUAGAGCUGUUUUGCCAGGCUUCCCCUGCUUUUUUUUUUUUUUUUACAGCGCUUCCUCCAGGCUUGCCCUGUGAACCCUAACCUUGUUUGUUUCCGUAGAUUCUUGUGUCUGGUUGUUCUGUGUCAGGGUGUGCCUCUGAGGAGGGUAGUGGGAAUACAGGUUGUGAGUGAGGAGUGUCUUCGUAGUGAUGAUUGGGAUACAACGGCUUCCAAGUUCCUCUGUGGAGGGUGUUUCUUCCCAGGGAGGAUCAAAUCUGGGAGGCUUUUCCGAGACUGCAGUAAGGUGUGUUUUCCCUCCUUCAAGCCCUCGCCAUUUUCUCUUUAGUCCCAUGGCUGCUAGUUGGCUCUAUUUUCUGGUGCUUUCCCAGAACUCGCCGCUCUGAGAAACCAAAGCUGUGAAAAGCGAACACUCUGCCCAGGUGCUUGUCCUGGACAGGGGCCCCAAGCCCCGGACAAUGGAGAAACUCUGCUUUUUAGGGGAGGCUUGAGAGCUGGGGGAGGAUGGGCAAGGGGGCACCUGAGGAGGAAGGGACAGGGCAGGAGAGCCCCCAGCUACUAGCAUGGUAGUUGCAUCUCCGUGUCCCAGAGGAAAAGCUGAAAAGGGACACGCUCAUGGGCAGGAUGGUCUUCUAGCAAGAACAACCCCAGAACUCCACCGACCCUGCAGAGGAACUGUGAUUUCCCGCCCUUGCCUUCAAUCGACCACGUGUCAGCUCUUCUUAAAUCCAUACCCAUGUAGUUAAAACAGAGGUGGUUCGGUCAUCACUCCUGACCCUGGGAGCCUGUGCCACCAUGUCACUUGGCACGAGACUGAGGAGGGAGAAGCCAAAAGGGGAGAUGGCUUUCUGUCCUUGUGGCUUCUCAAGGAGCCAACGAGAUGCUGUGAGCCACAAAGGGAGACACCAGGAUGGGACUAAAGGCCUCACCAGGUUUCCGGUUUAGAGUCCUCUCAAUCAACUGUCCAUUUCUUGAACUUAACGCCUCCUCUCCCUCCCUUCUGCCAGGUUAGAAAAAGGCGACUAGGUUCCGCAUGUGCACUGACCACGGUAGCCUUAGCUGGUCACUCACGGAGCACAACAGGUUUAUAGCAACUCAUCUGCCACACCAACCGCUUGGCUGACCGAGUCCGCACUGAGUUGUUUCAUCACCUUGUAAAGUGGAAUACAUUGAGCUUUACUAUACACCGGCUGUGAGAACAUAAUAAACAAAACCUGAACAAGCGGC